GAAUAUCAAUAAUUUUUAAGAAAAAAAUAAGAUAGAACUAUCAGCAACAUGUCUCAUGUUGCUGAAAAGGUACAAAAAUUCAAUUUCUUGCUUCUGCCAAUGAUAUUUACCGACAUGAGCCACGUCGGUGAAAGUAUGAGGAGAGAAUUUUGGUAACCAUUUUUACUGACAUGAGCCACGUCGGUGAAAGUAUACUUUCACUGACAUGGCUCAUGUUGCUGAAAAGAGUGCACCGGAUGGGGAGAGAAUUCCAGUAACCAUUUUUACCGACAUGAAUUACGUCGGUGAUAUUAGGUUUCAGCAGCCAGGAAUAUCAACAAGAGGUAUGUUGCUGAAGAGGGUGCCAAGUAUCAGCGACAUGGACCUUGUUGCUGAUACAAUACCGAGCAUGGCUUCACCAAGAAAGGCAUCAGCAACAUGCUUCAUGUUGCUAGAGUACUUUCAGCAACAUGGGUAGCACUUUCACCGAUGUGCUUCCAUGUUGCUGAAUAAUGGAAUUUUAGUAGUGGACUAGACCGAGGCUCCUCCACCGUCUUCAUUUUAUUAUAUGUUGAUGAUGUGGUUCUUACAGGCAAUAAUCCUGAUCUCAUUGC